AUGCUCUGCGGGUGGGUGUGGACCUGUGGUAAAGGCAAAGCUAUGUUUCAUCAGAGCUCAAGACAGUGUGAGAGGUUGUUGAGACGUCUCUACUCGUCCUCAGGGUCCCCCCUGAGAGUGUGUGUCGUGGGUAGUGGGCCGGCUGGGUUCUAUACUGCUCACCAGCUGCUCAAGAAACAUCCCAACACUUGUGUAGAUAUUUUAGAGCGUCUUCCUGUCCCAUUUGGACUGGUUCGAUUUGGAGUAGCCCCUGAUCACCCGGAAGUGAAGAAUUGUAUCAACCAGUUCACUAGCUUGGCACAGUCUGGCAAGUGUCGUUUCCUUGGUAAUGUGCGUGUGGGGGAGGACGUGAGUGUGACCACUCUGAGGUCACUCUAUCAUGCUGUCGUACUGGCGUAUGGUGCUGAGGGAGAUAGAGAGCUAGGUAUCCCAGGAGAGGACCUCCCUGGAGUGCACUCUGCUAGGGCCUUUGUGGGCUGGUACAAUGGACUCCCCUCCUGUAGACACUUGUCCCCUGAUCUAUCUGGAGACACAGCCAUUGUGUGUGGCCAUGGUAACGUGGCUCUAGACGUGGCACGAAUGCUACUCACUCCAGUUGACAUUCUCAAGAGUACUGAUAUUUGUGAGCAUGCACUGGAUGCAUUGGCUGAGAGCAAGAUUAGACGCGUCCAUCUGAUUGGUCGGAGGGGACCACUACAAGUAGCCUUCACUAUCAAGGAACUACGAGAGAUGACCAGACUACCAAAUUGUCAAACCACCUUUGACCCUAGAGACUUUGACCCCAUCAGAGACCAAAUACAAGAUUUACCUCGACCAAGGAAACGAUUGACAGAGCUAAUGAUGAAAACUGCUGAGGAAGGGAGCGUGGCACACGGUGAUAGGGGCGUAUCCCAUAGUGAUGAUGGGAGGGAAUGGAGACUGCAUUUCCUGAAGAGUCCGGUAGAGGUGAUGGAUAGUGGGUGUGGCAUAGUGGGCGGAGUCAGGGUGGAGCUUAAUAUAUUAGAGGGCAACGGGGAUAGUACCAGAGCAGUGGCCACUGGCAACUAUGAAGAAGUAGAAUGUAAUUUGGUACUGCGGAGUAUUGGGUACAAGGCCUUGCCCCUCGAGGGUGGUGUACCAGUGGACCCCAGUACAGGGUACAUACCCAAUCACAGAGGAAGGGUGGACAAUGGUUUGUAUUGCAGUGGUUGGGUCAAGACAGGUCCAGUAGGUGUCAUAGUAACCACCAUGGAGAAUGCCUUUGAGACAGCUGCUACUAUACUGGAGGACUAUGAGAAUGGUAUGCUACAAGUGACGGAGGACACAGAUCUCACUGGCAAACUGAGAGAUGUAUGCCCCCCAGUGUUGUUCUCAGACUGGGAAAGGAUUGAUGAGCGAGAGAGGAGAGAUGGAGACAGAGUUGGUAAACCCAGGGAGAAGAUCACCUCACUACAAACUAUGUUGGACAUUGCUCAUACCUAGUACCAUGCACUGCACUGUCAGUACACGCAAUUAACUUUAUAUUAUUAUUGAUCAAGCACUGUUUUUAUAAUAUGUAAACCGUCCUCGGAUCGAGGGUUACUGCCAUAAA